AUGAAAGAAAUAGUAGAGCAGCUUAGUGGAAAUGCCUCCUCAAGAAUAAAGAUAAAUGUGUCCGGAAGUCAUUUCGAAACAAGAAGAAAUACGCUGGCAAAGCGAAAGGAUUCAAGACUUUUCCAAAUGCUCGAGGAUCAUUCGCUCGCUGAUGGAUUCGAAGUCGAUGAAUUCGGUGUGGAGACUUAUUAUUUUGAUAGACAUGCUCCGUCCUUCCCUUCUAUUUUGUAUUUUUACCAGAAGAAUGAUAUGAAUUUGUACAGACCGUUGGACGUCCCAAUGGAAGUUUUUGUGGAGGAAGUUAUUUAUUUCAAACUGGCACAUCACGUUUUGGAAAAUGAAUUCGAGGAUAAAAUAGAGGUCGAGCACCGCACGCUCUGUAUAAAUUCACGAAACGCAGUCUGGGCCGUCUUUGAGAAGCCAGAAACGAGCAAGUUGGCGAAGAUUUCUGAGUGCGAAUCAGUAAGCAAUAUAAACGAGACUCUAUACCGACAUCAAGACUGGUCGCCAAAGAGUAAAGCAUUCGGCUUUUGGAUUAUUGAGACCACCUGUAUCGGCUUUUUUACGAUAGAGUAUAUUCUCAGGCUUUAUGCGGCUCCUCGACGAUGGCCAUUCGAGAACGUUAAAGAUUUCAUGAACAUAAUUGAUUUGGUGGCAAUUUUGCCGUAUUAUUUCGUGAUGACAUUUAACAUUCGCCUCGGCACAAAUGGUCCCAUUCCAUGCGUUCCAGAAGGAGAAGAGGACAGUUCGGGAAUAGAUGGCAAGUUUCUAACAGUUCUCCGAGUCGUUCGACUGGCCCGUAUAGUUCGGAUUGCCAAACUAUCGAGACACAGUCGCAAUCUCAACACGCUUAUCAAAACAUUUCGACAAUCUCUGCGGGAGCUCAGCUUUCUCAUGCUCUUUUUCAUCGUAUCCAUGGUUUUGUUUGCGACGUUCGUCUUCUUUUGCGAAGAAGGCGAAAAUGAUUUCAACUCGAUUCCGCACUCAUUUUGGUGGGCGAUUGUGACGAUGACCACCGUCGGUUACGGCGACAUGUAUCCAAGAACAGGGCCUGGCAAAGUCGUCGGCUUUCUCUGUGCCAUCUGUGGAGUUUUAUGCAUCGCUCUUCCAGUUCCCUCGAUCGUUUCCAACUUCCAUCGGUUAUACCAGGAAGACCAGAUCAUGAAUCCGCACGGGGACUACACUUACAAAGACGAUGACGAAAAAAUUAGAUGCAAGCUAAGAAAAAAGUUCCUAAACGACGUUUGA